AUGCGUCCGUUCAAGUGCCCUUUCGCAGAUUGCCAAAAGACCUUUACUCGGAGGACCACCUUGACUCGCCACCAGCAGCAGCACACCGGAACUGUGGAAGAGGCGGCGGCGGCCACCGCGGCAGCACUAGCUGCGACUGCGAACCGUACGGGGAUGUCGCAGGUCCGUCAAGAUGGCGAAGCAUUAUCAAAUCACGGCUCGCCCAUGUCAACACCCUCCCCUGGCAACCGGACCAUGUCCAUGUCCCCCAGCGUUGAUGGCAUGCACCGCCACAACAGCGAAGUUCAAUAUCUGCAGAAUGGUUCCCUUCCGGUACACAUGCGCGUUGGGAGUCCCGGAACGACCUCGGCCGGUGCCUACAGUCACAAUACGGGCAUGCGACCAACAUCCCACCCCACAGGGUACGGGCCUCCCUCGACCUUGGAGCCCAGCGUGGAACACCAACAGCACUCUGGCUCCCCGAGCGGCGCAAACAGCCCUCACAUGAGCAAUGUGGGAUGGCAGUCACCUGCCCACAUGCCAUCUCCCCAGUCGCAGCACAGCAACAGCUAUGUGUACACGGAUGCACAGGAAGGAUACCCCCCCAAUCCAGCAAACAUGGGGCAGAUGUACUACACUGGGCAGAUGCGGCGACACGACGACAAUCAGUCAAUGGUGCCAAUGACUUAG